AUGUACCAAGAACCUACUCCUAAGGUUGAAGCCCCUGUCUCCCCGGAUAUGAAGCGCCGUUCCCCUACAAAUGUUCUUUCGAAUGAGCUAAUUGAUUCUAUCAAUGCAGAAUCUGAAAUUCCAGUUAAUCAGGCAAAAAGGACAAAGCAGGAUGAUGAGAGUUUAUUAGAUACCAAAGAACAAUCAACACCUAUAAUUACAACAUUACAAGAACAUAAUAUUGAACCGAAGAUUGAGACUAAUAUUGAAUCACAGGUUCUAACUAACAUUGGUAUUAAUAAAAACAACAGGACAAAUAAUAUUGUUCCUGAAGAUAAGAAUACCCAAGUAACAAUUAAGGAGGAACAUUUUACAGCAACAAUUGAAGGAGGAGACUCCAAUCAAAAGGUAUCUGAAAUGAGAGAAAAACUCCAAAUUGGUAGUGAAAAUUCCCCACCUUGUAAACAGGAAGAUCAAAGUCAAGAACAAAAAUCUGAACAUCAACAACAGACACAUGAAAUAUCAGGAAAUAAUGAUAACUCAGGAAAGAAAAAUGAUACCAAAUAUGAAAUACGCCUUUUAUUGGCAACAAAAAUGGCUGGUGCUGUUAUAGGAAGACAAGGUUCUGUUAUUAAAAAACUUCGUACGGAGUAUAAUGCUAACAUUAGUAUUCCUGAUAAAAAGAUGCCUGAAAGAGUUCUUACAAUAAGUGCAUCUUUUGAUAAUAUUAUGAAAAUAUUUGACGUUGUAUUACCAAGAAUAUUGGAGGAACAAAGAAAUACAACCGAUGAUAAUGAAGUACGUAUGAUAGUUCAUCAAUCACAGGCUGGUGCAAUUAUUGGAAGAGGUGGUUCUAAAGUCAAGGAACUUCGUGAAAAAAGUCAUGCUUACCUUAAAGUUUAUACCGAUUUUUGUCCACGUUCCACUGAUCGUGUUAUCCAAAUAACUGGUAAUCAGGAAAAGAUUAGAACUGCUGUUUCAUUAAUUAUUGAUUAUUUGAGGACAAUACCAAUUAAAGGAAAUAUUCAGAAUUAUGAUGCAUCCAAUUAUAACCCAUCUCACAUCAAUAGUUAUGGUGGAUAUCCUAGUCCAAUGAUGGGAAGGGAUAUUCUACCACCAUAUCAAUUACCUCAUGGUAGAGGUAUACAAAUGCAUUCUAGAGGACCUGAACGUUCAUAUUAUGAUCCAGGUUAUUCAUAUAAUGGUCCACCAAUGUAUAAUUGUAAUACCAAAAGAUCUGGUGGAGGUGGUGGUGGUUAUCAGGGACCUCCGCCACAAUAUAGUAGACCAGCUCCUAUAGAUUAUGUUGGUAUUAAUAGAUCUGGUGGGAUACCUCCGCCUCCUCCUGGUGGACAAGAUUAUACUAUUCAAACAAAUCAGGUAUCCAUUCCAAAUAACUAUUGUGGAUUAGUUAUCGGAAAAGAGGGUUCCAAAAUAAAGCAGAUAAGACAGAAAUCUGGAGCUAAAAUUGAUGUCGAACCAAGUAAUGGAUCUCUUGAUCGGAUAAUUACUAUACAAGGUACUUAUUCACAAAUUCAAAUGGCACAAUAUCUUCUUCAAAGUUGUAUUAAAAACCAAGAAUCUACAGGUGCAAAGAGGACUUAUGGUGGACAACGUUAUCAAUAA